AUGCCAAGAACAUUGAAUCAUACAAGAAGAAUCGACAAAAGUAUCAAGAAAUGUCAUAUUUAUCUCCUUCUUCCCUCCAUCUCCCGUUUCAUAUUUUCAAAAGCUUCACCAUCGUGCUGGUGGCGCCCACGGUGGUUCGGUCCAGGAACGACAAAACUUUAUACCACUUUGUCAUGCAAGCAUAGGGCUUCUAUUCUACCCAUUAAUAUCUAUGCGAUAGUGACGGCGGUGAGAGGCGGGUCCGAUAAAUCGAUUUCAGGGCCGUUACUAUCUGUUUGGUUGAUGACAAGUGUUGUGAAUUGGAUAAAGGCUUGGACCGAUUUAAUGAUUGUGAACGGUUUCCUUUUGAGGCAGGGGCUGUUUUAG